CCCGCUACCCUCCAGCUCGACUCAAAUACAACCUCACUUCCUUUCAGCAGCGCAGCGACUCCGUCCUCUCCCAAACAAUCUCUCGAGACACGAUCAGACAACAAGUGAGAAACAAACACCGCAAGAUCAUAUCCAAGCACAGUCCCAAAUCUGAAAUCCGCCGCAAUCAUGGGUGGUGGUCCCGCCAAAGACACACUGCUCUGCCUCCUGCCGAUGCCCGAGCCAGCCGGCCUCCUCGAUGCACUGCAGAAGAAAUUCCCGCACCUCGACACGAUCUACAAACAAGUCCCCUCCGGCUGGACGAGCAGCAGCAGCAGUCCGGCCACCGUCCAAGAGAUACCCUCCCACACGUGGGCGACCGUCACCAUCCUGAUCACCCUCUUCACCUUCCCCCUCCCGUCCGCCGCGCCGAAACUCAGCCUCAUCCACCUGAUCUCGGCCGGGAGCAACCAGAUCCAAUCGCACCCGCUCUACACAUCCACGGAGAUCCCCAUCACGACCAGCAACGGGGCCUUUGGCCCGCAGAUCGCCGAAUGGGUGGUGAUGACCGGCCUGGCCAUCAGCCACCACUUUCCGGUGCUGCAGUCCCUCCAGAGGUCGCACUCCUGGGGCAGCCCGGACCCCUCGCUGCGGCGGGAAUACACCCGUGUGCGCAGCUGGGUGGGCCGACGCGUGGGCAUCCUCGGCUACGGGAACAUCGGGCGGCAGGUGGGCAACGUGGUGAAAGCGAUGGGCGCGCAGGUCAUCGCGUACACGGCGACGCCGAAGGACUCGGCCGAGCAGAGGAGGGAUCAUGGUUUCACUGUGCCCGGGACGGGGGAUCCGCUGGGGACGAAUCCGGUCGCGUGGUUUAGUGGGUUGGGGAAGGAGGGCUUGCAUGGGUUUUUGGGGCAGCGGUUGGAUUGGUUGGUGGUUGCUGUGCCCUUGACGGACGAGACGAGGGGGUUCCUCGACGAGGAGGCUUUUCGGAUUUUGAGCGAGGGGGGGAAGAGGGAGGUGUUUGUCUCGAAUGUGGCGAGGGGUGCGGUGAUCGAUCAGCAGGCGAUGAUCGGGGCGUUGAAGAAGGGGUGGUUGGCGGGUGCGGCGUUGGAUGUUACUGAUCCUGAGCCGCUGCCUGAGGAGAGCGAGUUGUGGGAUCUGAAGAAUGUCGUUGUCACGCCGCAUGUUUCUGGGUUCGAUGAGGCGUGUUUGGGGAGGUCGUUUGAGAUUUUGGCGAUCAAUCUGGAGAGGAGGGAGAAGGGGGAGCGGUUGAUGAAUGUCGUUCAGAGAUCGAGAGGGUAUUAAAUUAGAAGACAGAUAUAGAGAGGGUCGAAAGACACAUAUGGAUGAUUCCCUGAAACAUCCUUUCUUCACAGCCCUGCAGCCACAUGUAUUCAAAGGCACGCGAUUCCUCUUCACUCACUCGGGCUGCUCAUCCUUCCACUUCUCCCUCAACGCCUCCACAUCGACCCCACAGACCUCCGCCUUCAUCACGAUCGCCUUCGCGCGCCCUACGACGGGCACAUCGAUCAUCUUCCCGUCCAAGGUCCACGCGCCCCGCCCUUGCGCAUCGGCCUUCUCAUCGCAAACCACCACCCUCAUCGCCCACUCGACCUCGCUCUCGCUAGGGCUGAACAUGCUCUGCACGACCUCCACCUGGUCGGGGUGGAUGCACUGCUUGCCGUUGAAGCCCAGCCUCUUCCCGCCCUCGCACUCCUCCC